UGGUUUAGUCAUCGGAUGGCGGUUGCUAUGGGUGUGAACAAACCGGACGCAGCAACGAUGGACGUCUGUGUUCGGCACGGUAGAGGGGCCACAGGCAACACGGUGAAGGUGUUGGAGUGUGGUGUGUGUGAGGAUGUAUUCUCUCUCCAAGGGGACAAGGUCCCCCGGCUGCUGCUCUGCGGUCACACGGUCUGCCAUGACUGUCUGACCCGACUGCCCCUGCAUGGUAGAGCCGUCCGCUGCCCCUUUGACAGACAGGUCACUGAACUGGGUGACUCUGGUGUGUGGGGUUUGAAGAAGAACUUUGCUCUGCUGGAACUUCUGGAGAGGCUGCAGAAUGGAGCGUCCAGCCAGUUGGGCGUGGCCGAGGAGUCCCUCAAAGGCAUGGGAGAGAGUGUAAUCCGCUGUGACGAGGACGAGAGCCACACGGCAUCUAUGUACUGCACGGUGUGUGCCACCCACUUGUGUGCCAACUGCUCCCAGCUCACCCACUCCACCCGCACCCUGGCCAAGCACCGGCGGGUACCCCUGGCAGACAAGCCCCACGAGAAGACUCUGUGCCCGCAGCAUCAGGUCCACGCUAUCGAGUUUGUCUGUCAGGAGGAGAUCUGCCAGCCUGGGCCGCUCAUGUGCUGCGUGUGCAAAGAGUACGGCAAGCACCAGGGACACAAGCAUGUGGUUCUGGAGGCAGAAGCCAAUCAGAUCCGUGCAUCCAUCCUGGACAUGGCCCACUGUAUCCGGACGUUCACAGAGGAGGUGUCGGAGUAUUCCAGGAAGCUGGUUGGGAUCGUACAGCAGAUCGAGGGAGGGGAACAGACCGUGGAUGACGGCAUCGGCAUGGCACACACUGAACAUGUCCCAGGCACGGCAGAGAGCGCCCGGUCCUGCGUACGGGCCUACUUCGCCGACCUCCACGAGACACUGUGCAGACAGGAGGAGAUGGCGCUCAGCGUAGUGGACGCCCACGUCAGAGAGAGACUCAUCUGGCUCCGGCAGCAGCAGGAGGACAUGGCCAUCCUGCUUUCCCAGGUCUCCACUGCCUGCCUGCACUGUGAGAGAACUCUGCAGCAGGAUGACUGCAGGGUGGUUCUGGCCAAGCAGGAGAUCAACAGACUGUUGGAGACUCUGCAGAAACAGCAGCAGCAGUUCACUGAGCUGGCCGACCACAUCCAGCUAGACGCUGGUAUCCCCGUCACCUUCACCAAGGACAACCGGGUCCACAUUGGUCCAAAGAUGGAGAUCCGGGUGGUGACCCUGGGACUGGAUAGUGCCGGGAAAACCACCAUCCUCUUCAAGCUGAAACAGGACGAGUUUAUGCAGCCCAUCCCUACCAUAGGUUUUAAUGUGGAGACAGUGGAGUAUAAGAAUCUCAAGUUCACCAUCUGGGAUGUUGGUGGGAAACAUAAGCUACGACCUCUCUGGAAGCACUAUUACCUGAACACACAAGCGGUGGUGUUUGUGAUUGACAGCUGUCACAGAGACAGGCUGAUGGAGGCCCACAGUGAGCUGGCGAAACUGCUGACCGAGAAAGAGCUGAGAGACGCCCUGCUGCUCAUCUUCGCCAACAAACAGGAUGUCCCCGGGGCUGAGUCAGUGGAGGAGAUGACGGAGCUUCUGAGCCUCCACAAGCUGUGCUGUGGGAGGAGCUGGCACAUCCAAGGCUGUGACGCCCGCAGCGGCACAGGGCUCUACGAGGGCCUGGACUGGCUGUCCCGACAACUGGUGGCUGCAGGCGUACUGGACGUGGCCUAAACCUCCCCUGAUGACUAACUUCUGUUACCCAGUCUCACCCCUUAUCCUCUUACCCUAGAACUACCCCAUAACCCAUUGAUACCCUAGAGACCAGUUUCACCAAAUACCUACCUAAACUUCUUACCUGAUGCUUACCCGAUCUUCGGUACCAAUGCACUUGACUGAUGAUUUUAUGUAAUGCAGCAUACGGUCUGAAAAUAACACAAGCGGUGAAGGUUUGGAUUCAGCUAUUAUUUACUUUGGUUGAGAAGUGUCUGUUACGUUAAAUAAUGCAGUUUACUGAAAUCUGUAUCAAUCCAUUUUGAGUUGAUUGAAACAACCGAGAUAUUGUAUCUCUGGUGAAACAUCUGAGCUAAAUUUUUGCCUCUUGUUUUGUGGAGUGUUUUUUGUUGUUGUGAAGAAUGCAUUGGUGCAUGUGGGUUGUGUUCAGGACGGUGCAACGUUGCAGAUAAAUGUUUAGCGCUGACAUGAUUCCUUCAUUAAUUGACAGGAUGAUUUUCACACAAUAUUUAUCUGAAUGUACCAUAAUUUUGUGCCCUACUGAAUGUGACCCUGGCUUCGUUUGAAACCAAAUGAAAAAUAAUAUCUGCUGUCGACUAUAGGACUCCAGGUUGAGUUCUGUAAUAACAUUUGUUCGAUUUUCUGUUUUAGCACAGUCUGCAUUUUUAGUAACAUACUACAUUACCCACCUGUAGUAACGCUCUUUCAAUGCCUCUUGUUGUAUCGCGGAACCAUCCUUUGGUUAGAAUUAACUUUCCUUAUUGCUAUAGUGUUUACUACUUCUAUGUGUAAAAAAAAAAGCAAAAAUGCACAUGUGAAGAAACCUUUCCCUCUACUCUUAACGGAUCUCUUGAUUUGCGAAAUCUUCCAUUUCUGAUGUGAUUUUGAAACGUUUAGAAGCACAGUGCACAGCCGCACAUUUGUUACUCGGACUUGAUGUUUUUUGUAAAUGAUUCAUAAUGUGACGCUAUUAAAUAAAAACAAACUGAUGAA